AUGCACGGCUUUACUCCGUCCUCUUCUCAACACAAAGCGCCACCAUGGGUACCUGUGUUCUCUCCGACGGAUAUUCUUCGCUAUAAGCCUGUGGUUGUGCUUGUGGACCGUUGUGUGUCGUUAACCUGGAUUCUUUUUAUGUGGGGCGAAGACAUAGUGCAAAUGCGACUUAUGCAACUUACGUUCGGUUUUGCUUUAGCUGCAGAAGUUGCGUACUACUCAUAA